AUGCCCAAAAAAUCGAGAUCUUACCAACUAAAAAAAAAACAUGAAUCAAGUUCCAAGUUUCUUAAAUAUUGCCCAUUGAAACCUGGCAAAGACAAAUAUAACUGGGUAACCGACGAAUCUUAUAUGGAUGAAGAGGGAAAGACUGCCAAAUGGGAUGAAUGUGGUCAAAUGAAACUUUCCGCCUGGAAAUUUAAAAUCAACGAUUUAACACGAAAAGCAAACAUAUAUCCAAACAGUGUACGAAUAAAGACGGCGAUCUCCACAUUACCUGAGUGGAUGCAAAUAAGGUUAAACGAAGUGGAGUUCAAUAAUAUGUCACCAAUGUGGAGGAAGGCCGAGGAAAUUUAUAAGAACAAAGAAAUAGAAAACCAUUCGGAUUUAACUUUUAAUGAAACUUUAUCACCCGAAGAUUUUGAAUCGUUAUGUAAAGUAAGUUUAAAAUUAGUUAAUGGAACAUUGAUAUUUGGUUCUGAUGAUUAUGACCAUCGAAUUUUAAAGUUCCAUUUACAUGAAUGUCAAGUACCAAUACCAUUAUUAAAAGAACAAGAUUGGCUGCAACAAUUAGUGAUAUUAUCAAAAGUACAUGGAAUACCAUUUGGAGCACAUAUGGACUUUCCUCAGGAACACAGUGGUGAAGGGUUUUGGACAAUUCGGGGGAUAAACCGUCUUAGUGAAACUGCGUGUCUUCAUAAUGGUUUUACAUCGUCUAGCAGUUACUAG